AUGGGUGAGGCAGCCCAUCCUGAGCUCGAAGGCACGCACGAACACCCAAAGCGGAGUACUGGGACAAGAGGGGAGGGGAGGACACGGACACACCGAGCCCAGGGUUUUUAUGUCAGCGUGAUCCACGAGCCCCCUUUUGUUCGCAGGAAGCCACACCGCGGGGGGGGGGGAGCGUGUCCGAGAGAGUACGACGGGCACGCCAUGAUGCGGACAGAACGAGGAGCUAACCCGGCACCAGCAGCGGCCGCGAGGAGGCACAGGAAAGGAGGCUUGCGCCGCGUGGCUGGAGCCGGAGCGACGGCGGGUCCCGGGUCCACCGCUGGAACCAGCAGCAACAUGGCUUCUUCUUCCGCUUCCGUCAGCAGCGGCCCCACCGGUGGCGGCGCGAUCAGCGGCGGCGGCGGCGGCGCGCGCGGCGGCCGUGACGCGGUGAUGCCCGACGUUGCUGGUGCUGCCGCCGCCGCCGCAGGUGCGGUCUCCUCCUCGAAGGUGGAUACUUCAGCGUCGUCGCCUUCUCGUGCUUCGAACGCAGCCGCCGGAACGGCGGCGGCCGCCGCCGCCGCUGCCGCUGCCGCCGCUGCUACGUCUGCGGCGGCGGCCGGCUCUCGCUCUUCCUCGCCGACGCCGACGCCGACGCCGGCGGCGGCGGCAGCAGUGGCGAAGACGUCCCCGGGCGUGAUCGGCCGCCCCUCGAAGACCAACAAAUCCGCCGCCGCUGACCAAUCAGCGGCGGCAGCCGCCGCUGCCGCUGCCGCUGCCGCCGGCGGUAGCGGAGCGGGGAUUGCGGUGAGCGCGACGGCGGCGGCGGCGGCGGGAGCGCGAGAACGCCUGCUGGGCGAUGCUUCGAUGCCUGUCUCCGGGUUUAGUGGCGUGGUCACGAAGGCCGGCGGCGUGGGCAGGAGGGGGGGCGGGGGCGGGAUGGUCACCGGGAUCGCGACGGCGGCGGCGGCGGGCGGCGGCGGCGGGGAGGGGUGGAGGCGGUACGUGUAUCCGUCGGGUACGGUGUACGAGGGGGACAUGGUGGACGACAAGCGCGAGGGUGACGGAGUCUAUAUAGAUAAGAACAGCAAUCGUUACGAGGGUCAGUGGAGGAACGACCGCGCUGAGGGCUACGGCAUCAAGGUCUUCGCCAAGGGCGACAAGCACGAGGGUUACUACUCCAACGACAAGCGUAACGGGUUCGGCACCUACUACUGGGCUAACGGGGACCGGUACAAGGGCGAGUGGAAGGACGGUAUGAUGCACGGGAAGGGCACCUUCAUGUGGAGUAAGGGCGACAUGUACGAGGGCCACUGGAGGGCCGGCAAGAUGCACGGACACGGGGUCAAGAAGAUGGGGAACGGUGACGUUUACGAAGGGGCGUGGAAGGGCGGCAUGGCAGACGGGUGGGGCAAGAAACAGUUCCGCUGCGGGGAUCUUCACGAAGGCUGCUACAAGGAGGACAAGCGCUGCGGCUUCGGCAUAUACAUGUGGGUAAACGGAGACCGCUACGAGGGCGAGUGGCGCAACGGCCGCAUGCACGGUAAGGGCGUGAAGGUGAUGGCCAACGGGGACGUGUACAACGGCACCUGGGAGAACGACAAGGCGGAAGGCAACGGCGUCAAGGUGUUCGCCUGCGGCGACCGUCACGAGGGCGACUACCACGAGGACAAGCGACACGGCUACGGCUGCUACACGUGGGACAGCGGAGAUCGCUACGAGGGCUACUGGGGAGAGGGACGCAUGUCCGGGAAGGGUGUCAAGUACAUGGCCAACGGGGACGUGUACGACGGAGAGUGGCACGAUGACAAGGCCCACGGGUGGGGCAUGAAGGCGUUCGCCAACGGGGACAGGCACGAGGGAGAGUACUGCCUCGACCUUCGUCAGGGCUGCGGCACCUACCACUGGGCCAACGGCGACUGCUACGAGGGGGACUGGGAGAGGGGAGAGCAGUCCGGGUCGGGCACGUACACGUACGCGAACCAGGCGGUCUACGACGGUGUCUGGGAGAACGGCCGCAAGCACGGCAGCGGUUACUUUUCUUCCGGCAACCAGCUGCUGCUCGAGCUGUGGUGCCGCGGGGUGCGGGUCAAGCGAUGCGAGGUGACGGGAAGGCCUAAGGCGGACCUUCCAAGGGCGAUGACCUUCGUCAAGUUUAUGGAGUGGGAGUUCUCAGAGCGGGAACGAAACAACUCCGCCGCUAGGGGCCCCAGGGGCCCCCCGGACGAGGACGGCGGGGGGGCGGCGGCCACGGGGGCGCCGGAGGCGGAGGGGGAGCGGAGCGUGGCCUGGCUGUGGAGCACGCACGCGCUCGCGAUCGAAUCCGACGAGGAAGGGUUUAGGUGA